GCUGUCUCUUUGACAAACGGACGUGGAAAGAAGUGAAAAGGAGGAUAAGAGAUCGAACUACUCGCAAUCUCGGCACCGUGGGACUCGUUCAGUAAAGGGGUAGUUGUUUUUUUUCCCCCAUAUAGGUGAAAAUCUUGGAAGACUAGGACGUGGAUUAUUUUUGUAUUUUUUUUUUUCUCUUUUUUUUUUUUUUUUUUAGCCUUUUUUUUUUCUUUCUUUUUCUAAGAAGAAAAAAAUAUAUAUAUUUAACUUUUACGCGUUAUUUUUGAGAGGUUGGCUUGCCUCCUUGUGCUGAAGAGAAACCGCUAAAUCCAAUAUCCUCUAAUUGGUGCCAUUUUUAUUUUUUUCUUCAGUUUUUUUUUUUUUUUUCCUAUCUAAAAUUAAAUAAAUUCUCUCCCAAUGGACUGCUCCCCCACUGUUGUGUCAGCUUGAUGUGUUAUACAAGGCCGGCUUCACCUGCCUCCUUUCCUUCGCUGUUUUCCUGUGUCCUUUUGCGUUCAUUAACUUUUGGAUUGCUGAUUGGUUCGGCCUACAGGAGAAAGGACAUGAAAUUGAUUGACAGCUGAAAACUGCAACAACACUGCACAGCGGAUAUCACAUUUGUUCCGGCUGUGAUCAAGUCUGGAUAUCGCCUCUCUUCCUGCCUUGAGCAAGACUGGAUAUCGCCUCUGUUCCUGCUGUGAUCAAGUCUGGAUAUCGCCUCUGUUCCUGCUGUGAUCAAGUCUGGAUAUCGCCUCUCUUCCUGCCUUGAGCAAGACUGGAUAUCGCCUCUGUUCCUGCUGUGAUCAAGUCUGGAUAUCGCCUCUGUUCCUGCUGUGAUCAAGUCUGGAUAUCGCCUCUGUUCCUGCUGUGAUCAAGUCUGGAUAUCUCCUCUGUUCCUGCUGUGAUCAAGUCUGGAUAUCGCCUCUGUUCCUGCUGUGAUCAAGUCUGGAUAUCGCCUCUGUUCCUGCUGUGAUCAAGUCUGGAUAUCGCCUCUCUUCCUGUCUUGAGCAAGUCUGGAUAUCGCCUCUGUUCCUGCUGUGAUCAAGUCUGGAUAUCGCCUCUCUUCCUGUCUUGAGCAAAUCUGGAUAUCGCCCCUCUCUUCCUGCUGUGAUCAAGUCUGGAAAUCGCCUCUCUUCCUGGUGUCAGCAAGACUAGAUAUCGCCUGUCUUCUUCUCUGAUCAAGUCUUGAUAUCGCCUCUGUUCAUGCUGUGAUCAAGUCUAUCACCAGACAUCCUGUUGCACAUAUUUUUCUGUGAUCUUUCAUCAUGUCUAACAAAGGAGAUGACUGUUAUUUCUUCUUUUACUCCACCUGCAGUAAGGGUGAUAGUUGCAUGUUCCGGCACUGUGAGGCUGCCAUAGGGAAUGAGACAGUCUGUACCUUGUGGCAAGAGGGAAGAUGUUUCAGACAAGUCUGCAAGUUCCGUCACAUGGAGAUUGAUAAGAAACGCAGUGAAAUACCUUGCUAUUGGGAAACUCAGCCCACUGGUUGUCAGAAAGCAAACUGCGCUUUUCGUCACAUCAAAGCACGUGUUGUGGAUGGAGUAUUCAUGCCCCCGAGCAAGGCCACUUGGCCUAGAAUGGAGGAAUCUGAGGAUCCACUGGCUGUUCAGCAGCCACCACCACCAAGCAAGAUUUCUGUGUCGCCCACACCUCAGCUACGUGGAGUAAAGAAGAUAGACGCCACAGAGAAUGUUCCCAGUCCUACUCAUCCACCUGUGGUGAUUAAUGCAGCUGACGAUGACGAAGAUGAUGAUGAUCAGUUUUCUGAAGAUGAGGUAAAGAACUCCAGUCAGCAGCACUCGUCUCCAAACAGUCAUAAAGGUGCACGUGUUGUCUCUACCAGAAAAGUUCCAACACCUAAAAAAGAUGUCAACUUAAAUUUUGGUAUUAAAACUCUGAAUGAAAUAAAAUCAAGAAAGCAGGUUGUGCAAGAACCAACACCACCUGGUAUUGCUUCUGCUCCACUAUUUGUGGGUCCUCCUCCGAUGCAGAAGGUACCAGAAAAAGAUCUAUCAAUCGUCAGGACUGUUACGUUAUCUUCAAAAAAAGAGCAACCCAAUAUACACUUGCCACUAGCCCAUAGACUUGGGAAGCGUAAAGCCACCGCUAACAGUCCUCUAGCUGACUCUUUUGGAGGGGUUGUGAAGAAAAGUAUCUCAGAGAGACUGGGCAGGAAGGCUGUUCCACCCACUGCAGGCUCUGAUGUAUCACUAAAGACAGUACACAUUCCUAGGCCAUUAAAGGAACGCUUGGGGCUACCUGUUGAACAGAACAGCACAGAAACAGAAAAAGCUGUAAAACCAUCUUCUGAGUUUCGCAUUAAGACCCUUGAAGAGAUUCGCCAAGAAAAAGCCAGCCAGAAGCAGGAACAGGCUCCUACAGAACCGCUUCCCAGUGUCAAGGUGAUUGCUACAUCACAGCCCGCACUAAAUAUUCCCCCUAAGAAAUUCUUUGAAGUUCAGGCAGAGAAAAGGAAGAGACAGCUGCAGGAAAUGCUGAAAGAUGGACAGCUAGGAGAUGACCUGAUGAAUAUUGGAAUUCAAACCAAUGAGAUGAAAAAAGAUGACAAACGGGUGCAUCUUAAGCAGAAGGUUUCUGAUCAAGAAGAGACCACGCAAACGCUUGAAAGUCAAGUUCACCAUGUUCGGAAGAGGAUUAGAAUACAAAAUGAUAUGAAGCAGGAGACUGGAGGAGAAAAUGUUCCAGUUAGCACUAAGAAAUCUAUAAAAAUUGCCCCUGUCCCCAACAGUUCUAGUGAUGUGAAAGAAAAGUCCAAUCAGAUGGUAAAUGUGCGGAUUAAAACCCUGGAAGAAAUCAGGAAGGAGAAAGCUCUUAGGCUGCAGAAAGCCAUGAAGCCUCCAAAAGAGGAGACUGUAAUACAGCCACAAGAUCCAACUAACAGCAAAAAGGUUUUCGGAAUCUCCAGACCAACAGUGAAUAUAGAAGAAAAAAAAGAGGAUGCUUCAACAGAACCUAGCUCUUCAGCUUCUCCCAGUGCUACUGUUGACUCUUCCAAGAUUAGCGUUGCACCUUCUGCUAACACUCCUGUCACGGCAACCCCUAAACUUUCCCAAGAGGAGGGAGUGAAACAGACAACACAAUCUGUCUCAAAAUUAGAGCCUACCAUCAAUAUUGACUCCACCCCUACAGUAAAGCCUGUUAAUUCCAGAGAUUCUUUAGACAUUAGUGGACUUAAACCAGAGGUUGACAAGAAGAAAGCAAGAGGAAAACCAAGAGUAAAUGUAGAGCCACGUGUGGUGAAGAACAGAACAACUUCCAAAAAAUCCAAUAAAAGAAAAAAUCAUGAAAGGCCAGCAGUUGCUGCUGUGAGACCGCUGAGUCCUGCAGCGACAUCCUUGGAAAAACAGGAGACACCUAGUAAUGAAUCCUUGCUUCCAGCGGCUGAUUCCAGUCUCACAGAGAAUGUUCCUGCAAGUGAUGUGUCACCUAAGUGUCUUCAGAAAAGUUCCGUGGCCUCGCCCUCAGGGCCGGACAGUCCUAAUACUCUACCUGCAAAGGUAAAGUCACGAAGAACAAGCUCACUGCCGGCAGAAGAUGACUUCGAUAAAUUGAUCUGGGAAAUUUCAGGGGGAAAACUUGGAGAUGAAAUUGACCUUGAACCUGGCAAAGAUGAAGACGACCUUUUGCUAGAGCUUUCAGAGAUGAUUGACAACUGAGACCAUGCUGGAGUGAGAGGGGAUAACCCAAAUCCAACACUGCAGGGAUUAAGUGACAGCCUUUUAUCAAAAGGAUGACACUAUGAUAUGACAUUGCUCCUUUCUACCAUAGUCCAGGCCCUGAACACUAGGUCAGCUUAAAUUCAGCUGGCAUCAGCACUUUUGCAAAUUCAGAUACUGCACUUGGCAGAUAGCAUAUUUCUGUGCCCAUGGACACAACAGCCUUUCACCCAAUAAGGCAAAAUAUCUUCUCAACCUCCAUAUAAUAAAAUCACUUCAGUCUUAAAUAUAUUUGUUUUUUACAAAAAAAAAUUUUUUCUGACGAAUGUCCAAAUGUUUGUUUUAUUGGUAAACUGUAUUGCUUUAUUUUGGUAUGUGAUACAGUGUUAUGAAUUGCGAGAUUGUUAUGAAUUGCGAGAUUGUCCACAGCUGUAAUUUGUUUAGGGUCCAUAAUAGUAUUAAUAUGAAUUCAUUACUGUUGUGUUAUGUUAAGCAGGAACACAUCUGUAUCAGAUACUCAAUACCUGCUAGAACAAAAGACUCUAAAACAAAUGAGAACAGCUUUAUUCCUUACGCUUGGUUUUUAAUUUUCUGUUAAGGCUACCUUUAAUGUUAUCUUUCCUUAGCAGACACUGCCCUCUUAAACUCAUGUGAUCAUGUAAACUAUCCUUUUUUUAUUAUUAUUUGAAAAUGUGCUGAAUCUUUUCUGGUGUAUAAGGCUGUAAAUUCCGCAACAUGAUGUAAAUAUUUUCUUUUUUAAUUAACAGCUUUGUGAAAAUUAUUUUAAAGUGAAAUGUUACAUUUUUUUAUAGCAAAAGCUAUGUAGAUGAGAUUUUUGAUCUCCCACGUGCAAAUGGUUAUGUAUGGAAGUGGCAUAAACUAAUGAUUUGGCUGUAAGCUUACGUCAUAAAAAUAUGAAGGAAAGUAUCCAACUGAUACUUUGUUCAUUUUAAUGGAGCCCUCAUUUCUGCCCAAUGCUUACACUAAGUGUUAGCAUUACCUGUUUUAGUUCGACGUUCAAUUUGUAUAUAUGUUUUCCAAAGAGAAAUUGGUUUGAUUAAUUUGCCAAGACUUGCACUAUAUACGCAGUGGCAUGAAAAAUGCUACAUGUUUAGAAUUUUAAAACAUUUUUAUCAGUUCAUUGUAAAUAGUACUAUUAUGUGCAUUUUGCGAGUUAGAUUUACUUUCAUGUUCUCUUAGAAUGGACAAAAUGUGUCUACUCAUUCUGUACGAUUGUAUCAAAUAAAGAAUUAAGCAUC